AUGGUCCGUUACGCCGCCCAGGAGAUUCCGAACGCAAAGAGCGCCCGCGCGCGGGGCUCUUACCUGCGUGUCAGCUUCAAGAACACCCGUGAGACUGCUCAGGCCAUCAACGGCAUGAAGCUGCAGAAGGCUCUCACCUACCUCGAGAACGUCACCAAGAAGUCCAUGGCCGUUCCCAUGCGCCGCUACGCUGGCUCCACUGGCCGCACCGCCCAGGGCAAGCAGUUCGGUGUCUCCAAGGCUCGCUGGCCCGUCAAGUCCGCCGAGUUCCUGAUCGACCUCCUCAAGAACGCCGAGGCCAACGCUGACACCAAGGGUCUCGACACCGGUGCUCUGGUUGUCAAGCGCAUCCAGGUUAACCAGGCUCCCAAGGGCCGCCGCCGCACUUACCGUGCCCACGGUCGUAUCAACCCCUACAUGACCAACCCCUGCCACAUCGAGCUCAUCCUCACCGAGGCUGACGAGGAGGUCGCCAAGGCCUCCGAGACUUCCCUCAACGCUGCCCGCCUGUCCUCCCGCCAGCGCGGCUCCCAGAUCCGCCGUGCCCUCACCGAGGCAUAA